AGCAGCGUUGACAAUUUGGCUAAAUUUAUGAAUAUUUUAUAGCCUUAUGAGCCUUUAUAUAUGAGACCCAAUUCCAUCUUUGCUUCCAUAAGAUAAAGCUCCCCUGUUUCCUGUUUAUCUCCAUCACACAUUCCUCCACAUAAAUGACUUGAGUUGAUUUCAGCUAGUUUUUUGUCAAUUUUCCUUUCUGGGUUUCUUGUUUUGAAUGGUUUCAUCUCUGUUAAUUCGACUUUUUUAGCCCCAUAUACGGAGUAAUAUUAUGAGUAACACUAUGAGGCCAAGCAUGAAAGUCACGUUUCAUUUGGUUUAUGACAGAGGUUAAGUUGUCAUAAAAGAGAAAAAGAAAAACCCCCAAGCUUUUGAUCUACUUAUCAUUUCAUAGGGUUCCGGGGUUGUUCAUAAGCUGAAAACCCUCUCUUGACUCUUAUAUCUUUCGAUUUGAAUUCUAUACGUCUGUAAAAAUUGGAAGUUAACCACCUUUUCCCCUUUAAAAUCAAGAAAUGGUUAAUAAGUUUGAGAAAGGGCUGAUCACAAGGACAUGGAAGCGAUGCAGAUCGUGGCCACGCUCUGGAAGCAGAGAAGAAGAAAAAGAGGAACGUCGUGGCGGAAAACAGAGGGUGGCGCCGGAGGGAUGUUUUUCGGUUUACGUGGGGCCCCAGAAACAGAGGUUUGUGAUAAAGACCGAGUAUGCAAACCAUCCGUUGUUCCAGAUUCUACUUGAAGAAGCAGCGUCAGAGUACGGGUAUAACAAUGAAGGGCCUUUAGAACUCCCCUGCGACGUUGAUCUUUUCGUCGAGGUGUUGGUGGAAAUGGACGGCUCCAAUGAGAUUGGUCAAGGGUUGGGCCUUGCUAUGACUCGUAUUGGCUUCUCAGCCCAUCUCGGUUAGAUUCCAUGCAUAUAUAUAAAUUCUACAGUAACCUUAAUUGUGUUUGGACUUGGAGGAGUAUUUUCUUUUGUUUGUCUUGUGAUUAUACAGAGAUCGAAGAAAAAUCUCAGCAGAUGGGAUUUAUCCUAAUUACGUUUGCAAGAGGACUAGUUCCGUUUAAUCUUCGAUCGUAUUCAGGAAUUGGCUUGUGAAGUUUGAAAAUUGUUAUUCAAGCCUUACGUGCUCUACUUU